UUUACGACAAUGAUCCAUGUUAUGUCAGUGAUUAUGUCACAUUGACACGGCUUGAGUGCAGACGCGGUGGCCACUGACAAGCACCCAAGCGACGUAAAAAUGCGUGACUUGCAGCUAUAACCAUUUAACUUUGAACCUCUGGUUUGUUUACCUUAUUAUAAUAUUGAUAAGGCCUGGACCUAUCAGCGAGCAUGAACAACUUGCGGACGAGGCUAAGGUUAGACAACCGCCUUGGCCUUAAGCGGGUCGCAAUGGAGGAAGCGGAGAAUAAUCACGACCAAAUGGUCAAGAAACUGGACGACUAUUACACGAUGAUGAAGCGCCAGAUUCUGCAGUACCAGAGCUGUCCCCUUGGUUUGUUCCCAACCAUUGGGUCUAAGGAUAACCAAUCCCGCGAAGCCAAUGUCCGAGACAGCAUCUACUGCGCUGUCGCUGCAUGGUCACUAUCACAAGCCUACAGACGCAUUGAUGACGACCAAGGCAAGACACAUGAACUUGGCCAGAUUGCCGUCAAAUGUAUGCGAGGCAUUCUCUUCUGCUGGAUACGACAGGCAGACAAGGUAGAGAAGUUCAAAUCCAACCAGAACCCUGUGUUUGCCCUACAUUCCAUGUUUGACAUCAUCACGGGUGAUCCUAUCUAUGCUGAUGAUGAUUAUGAACAUUUACAGAUAGAUGCUGUGGCUCUGUACCUCAUCUUCCUCAUUCAGAUGAUCUCGUCAGGGUGUCAGCUGAUAUUCACAACGGAUGAGGUGAACUUUGUACAGAACAUGGUGUUCUAUGUAGAGCGUGCAUACAGAACUCCAGACUACGGUAUGUGGGAGAGAGGCAGCAAGUACAACAACGGCUCCACGGAAAUACAUGCAAGCUCAAUUGGCAUGGCGAAGGCAGCUCUGGAAGCUGUGAAUGGAAACAACGUGUAUGGGGAGCAGGGCGCUGCAUGGUCCGUCAUUUAUGUCGACAUUGAUGCCCACAACAGAAACAGGACAAUCUUUGAAACUAUUCUUCCAAGAGAAUCUAAUUCUAAGAACACUGAUGCCUCCCUCCUGCCCACCGUGUGUUGGCCGGCGUUCGCCAUACACGAGGAGCCUGUGAAGCGCAACACCGUCAAUAAAGUGAUCCGCAAACUAAACGGCAAGUAUGGCAUCAAGCGUUUCUUCCGGGACGGAUACAAGACAGAGUUGGAGGACAAGAACAGGAAGUACUACAGGCCGGCUGAAAUAAAAAACUUUGAUGGCAUUGAGAGUGAAUGGCCAAUCUUUUACCUGUUCAUCAUGAUUGACUGCAUCUUCCAUGGAGACAAGGAGGGGGCGGAGAAGUACCAGAAGUUGCUGAAGCCGCUGCUGGUGGAGAGUCCUGAUGGGCUGCUGAUCCCACGGUACUACUACGUCCCAGCAGACAAGAUCGACCUAGAGAAGAGCAAACCAGGGAGUCAGAAGCGGCUGGCCAGCCCGGAGGGGUCGACUGACGGCAUCUUCAUGUGGGGACAGGCGGUCUACCUCAUCUCACAGCUACUCACUGAUGGCCUGUUGAAUGUGAAUGAGUUAGAUCCAAUCAGGAGAUACCUGCCAGCUCUAGAAAGGCCAAAGUUUAGUGCAAGGUACUCCAAGUUUCAGGGGACGCCACCAGACCUGAUUAUCCAGAUUGUUCUGAUUGCGGAGAGCACCCGGUUGCAGCAGCUGCUGGCCACGUACGGCAUCCAGACGCAGACUCCGCAUCAGAUAGAGCCCAUCCAGAUCUGGUCACCGAAAGAACUGACCAAAGCCUACGAGUAUCUGGGCAUCAACAAGAAGCUGGGCCUGACUGGAAGGCCAUCCCGUCCGUUCGGUGUUCUCAGUACAUCCAAGAUAUACCGAGCUUGCAGCAAGACCAUUCUCUGCUACCCACUCUUGUUUGAACUGUCCGACUUUUACCUGGCUCAAGACAUCUCACUGGUCAUGGAUGACUGUAAGAAUGAUCUGGCAUUCCUGUCAAAGCGAUGGAAGUUGUCCGGCCGCCUAACGUGGUGUAUGGUGAUCAGGGAAAACUCGAUCAGUAAGCUGCAAAGGGGUCAUAACUUCGGGGAGUUUCUGGACCUGCUGUCUCAGUUCAAGAAGGGGAGUGUGGACGGUAUCCGUGUCAGUCUGGGCAGACUACAGUCAUUCAUCUCGUCAGCCUGCAUCGAGCACCUGGAUUUCCUCCACACACUGAUUGACCCAGGUAUAUUUACCAAGUUUGAGGAGAAGACUGUGGGCUCCAACUUCAAGAGUCUCACGGACAUUCCAAGCCUCAUAGACAUUGUUGAGGAUGGCCAUGUCAAUAAGAAGGACCUGGUGCCCAGGUCCACCUAUGACCUGUGUCAGAUGCUAAAGGCAGUGAGUGGGUUGACGAUCCAGAGCCAGAUCCUGGAGAUCCUGUAUGAGCGUGAGGGUCCGCUGUACCGCACAGAGGGCCAGACAGUGGAAGAGAGGCUGGAGAGAUUGGUGCAGAAGGCGGGGGCUCACAAACACUGGUCAGUGGUCAGACUCUGCUCCGCACUCCUGGGCAAACUGGUGGACAGUCUGGCGCCAUCGGUCACCACGGUGCUGGUCAGGGGGAAACAGAUCACGGUGGGUGUGUUUGGCCAUGAGGAGGAGGUACUGGACAAGCCUGUGGGUCCCAAUGAAAUCAAGACAAUCAUCUAUGGCAAGUGCCUUCCCUAUGACAUCCGGCAAGCUGUGCUGCAGCAGGAGCUGAUCCUGUGUCUGGGGAAGAUCAUCGCUACAUCCUCCGAGUUGUUUGAUGGCAUCCUCAAGGUCCGCAUUGGGUGGUUUGUGCGAGCCAUCGAAGUGGAGAUGGAGCAGGACAAAGGCAGCGCUUUCGACAUCCACGCCAUCUCUCCGCAUCAGGUGAAGGAGAUGAUGCUCACAGUGCUCACCCGCAACACCUCCGAGGCUGACAUCAGGACGCCAUUUCAGAAACGCCAGUUAGAUGGAGCUCUGAACCGUGUCCCCAAAGACUUCUAUGACCGAGUGUGGGAGAUCCUGGAGCGGACCCCUGGAGGGAUCAAAGUUGCUGGCUAUCUACUGCCACAGCAACCCACGCUAUCAGACAUGACGAUGUAUGAACUCAACUUCUCCCUCCUGGUGGAACAGAUGCUGUCCAAGAUUGUGGACCCUUCGUACAGACAGAUCAUGGUGGAGGCCUUCAUGGUGGUGUCCAUCAUCCUGGAGAGGAACCCAGAGCUCAUGUUCCAGCAGGCAGUCAACAUGGACAAGAUCAUCCAGGAGGCGUACGACGAGUUUCAGCGUGACCUGAACAAGUCUGAAGGUCGCGAGAAGCAGGAUGACAUGCGCUGUUUCUUCAAUACGGCACCCAACGUGAAGCAUGGCACGACAGGAUACAUCGGCAAGGCUGUGAUGAGGACGCUGCUGGAUGGAGAUCUACGAGUCACCAUGGAGGACAUGUGCUGUGUGUCCUAGCUGCGCCUGUGCCACACUCUUCCGGUCCUGCAGGAACCUGCCAAAAACAACAGCAGGGGGAAAGACAUGUUUGGUGGUGCUUCUCCACUCCCUCCUCCAACAUCACUGAUCCUGGUAACUUGCCAGCUGUAAUUCACAGUGGACUGCAGAGGUUCACCUGUUCCCAGAAUCCCCCUUAAUGAACAUGGUUGUGUUCACAGCAUCUGCAGUUACAGAAAGUGUUCAUUGACAGCAGAGGUUCAUAUGUUCACAGUCAUGUUCAUGACCUGGUAUGUUUCACAUUUUCAUGAAAUCUUGUUUGUGAUGGUGAAGAUGGCUGUGGUUAAUCCGCUUCACGGUGUAGCAAAUGGUUCCCCACCUCCUCACCACCAUCAGUCCUCCACAACUUGAUGUGACUCACAGGAAGCACCACAUCAUCCACAACUUGAUGUGACUCACAGGAAGCACGACAUCUUCCCCAACUUGAUGUGACUCACAGGAAGCACCACAUCUUCC